AUGGCAGCCUCUUAUCCCAAGAAGAAGUGCGGUGUUCUGGGUGCCACCGGCUCCGUGGGCCAGCGCUUUAUCCUUCUGCUGGCUGAUCACCCCUUCCUGGAGCUCCAUGCCGUGGGUGCCUCUGAGCGCUCCGCGAACAAGAAGUACAAGGAUGCCGUCCGAUGGAAGCAGUCUGCUUCAAUGUCUGAGAAGCUCAGCAACCUUGUCCUGCGAGAGUGCAAGGCUGAGUUGUUCACAGACUGUGACCUGGUUUUCUCCGGGUUGAACAGUGAUAUCGCCGGCGAGACUGAGAUGGCAUUUAUCAAGGCCGAGAUCCCGGUCUUCUCUAACGCGAAGAAUUACCGCAAGGACCCAAUCGUGCCCUUGGUGGUUCCCACCGUCAACCCGUCGCACAUGGACCUGAUCCCCCACCAGCGCAAGCACUUUGGCCUGAAGAAGGGCUUCCUGGUUUGCAACUCCAACUGUGCCGUCAUUGGUGUUGUUAUUCCCUUUGCUGCCCUCCAGGCCAAGUUCGGUCCCGUCGAUGAGGUCGAGGUGUUCACUGAGCAGGCCAUCUCGGGUGCCGGGUACCCCGGAGUACCCAGUAUGGACAUCGUCGACAACGUCAUUCCUUUCAUCAGUGGUGAGGAGGACAAACUGGAAAACGAGGCUCAGAAGAUCCUCGGGUCUCUGAACGCCGACGCUACUGCAUUCAACGAGCAGGCUGGCCUGCGCAUUGGUGCUACCUGCACCCGAGUCGGUGUCACCGAUGGCCACAUGGCUUUCGUCUCGCUACGCUUCAAGAACCGCCCCGCCCCUAAGGCCGAGGAGGUGGUUCAGGCGCUGCGUGAGUACCAGUCCGAGGCCCAGAAGCUCGGCGCUCCCUCUGCUCCGGAUAUGGCCAUCAAGGUCUUCGACGAGCCCGACCGACCCCAGCCGCGCCUGGACCGCGACAUCUCUCAUGGCUACACUGUUAGUGUGGGCCGUGUCCGUGAUGGCGCUGAGGGUGGCUACUUUGAUAUUCGUUUCGCGGCUCUGUCGCAUAACACCGUGCUUGGCGCUGCCGGCUCGUCUAUUCUCAACGCCGAAGUGGCAGUUAUCAAGGGUUACAUCUAA